UGGACUGAAAGUAUUCGUGGCAUGCCCGGACGGUGGAUACCCGCUGUACCGCCGCCAUACAUGCCUAUAUUGGGAGUGUCAGUAUGCAAAGCAAGGACGUAACCUGUAGUGAGACCUUGAACAUGUCCAUGGUUUUAGAAAAUAAAGGGAACACGAGCUCCGGAUCGAAGAAUCCGAUAACGUUAGGUUUGUGACGGCUCGAGGCGACAGAAGGCGUGGUCGCGUGACGCUUCAUGUUUGUGUCAAACUAGCAGCUAGUAGUCCAUUACGGCAGCCUGCAAGACCUCCAAGCCGUGGUCUGUAACCGUGUGCUGAAGUGUCACCCCUGCCCGGGUGCCAUGGUCCUCUGUUACAUAUGAGCUCUACUAUGUGGUACAUCAUGCAGAGUAUUCAAAGUAAGUACUCCUUGUCUGAGAGACUCAUCCGCACUAUUGCAGCCAUCCGCUCAUUCCCACAUGACAAUGUGGAGGAUCUUAUUCGUAAGGGAGCUGAUGUCAACCGGAUGCAUGGCACACUUAAACCGCUGCACUGUGCCUGUAUGGUGGCUGAUGCAGACUGUGUGGAGCUACUAUUAGAGAAGGGUGCAGAGGUGAAUGCUUUGGAUGGCUAUAACCGUACAGCACUGCACUACGCUGCAGAAAAGGAUGAGAGCUGCGUAGAGCUGCUGUUGGAGUAUGGGGCCCAGCCAAAUGCCCUGGACGGCAACAAGGACACCCCACUUCACUGGGCCGCCUUCAAAGAUAACCCAGAGUGCGUGAGGGCCCUCUUGGAGAGUGGGGCAUGUCCCAAUGCCCGGGACUAUAAUAAUGACACACCUUUGAGCUGGGCAGCAAUGAAGGGUAACCUGGAGAGUGUCAAAGUUCUAUUAGAAUAUGGAGCUCAGGUCCAUGUGACCAACCUGAAGGGCCAGACCCCAAUCUCCCGACUGGUGGCCCUGUUGGCCAGGGGACUGGGCACUGAACAGGAGGAAGAGUGUUUGGAGCUGCUGUGUCGAGCAGCAGGGCGGUUUGAGAUCCGACGGGCCGACGGCACCCUUCCCAGGGAGCUAAGUAGAGAUCCCCAGCUGCUGGCAAGGCUCACUAACAUGGUGGCUCAGGCUCCAACACUUCGCUCUCUAGCACGCUGUGCUGUGCGGCAGAGUCUUGGGGUACAGUUCCUGCCCACUGCUGUGAAAGAGCUUCCUUUACCAGAGACCAUCAAAGAAUAUCUAUUGUUGAGAGACUGAUGAUGAUGAAGCCAACUGGUUAUUCUCUGACCUCACUGGAUAAUGAUAAGACAGCUCAUCACACUGCAUUUAUUGGCAAGGAGUGUCUACUGAUUCACAGGAAAAAGUCUGACAAUGGCCCCUUGCUUAUCAAGCUUUCUAGCAAACUAAUUCAGUUACAUACACUCAAACAGGUUAACAAAAUUCUGUCUUUUUUUCCUUCUAUUUGGUAGUUGCACAUAAUUCGAAUGAGCAGUAAUUUAGUGAAGAUUGGUAAGUUUGUUCAGUUCAAUGUGAGGGAUCAAGCCUGCACCUUUAUUAACCUGCAGUGGGGUCUCUGUCCACUUUUAUUACAGCACAUAAAAGAACGAUCAUACCAGAAUUUCUUGACUUUAUCAUAGGAAUAGAUAGAAAUUAAACAAGUUGCGUCCAAUCAUCCACCUGCUCUAAUUGUACUCAUGAAGAGAAACCACCGCUUUGAACAAUUUAGCAAGCUUAAUGUUAUCAUUACUAUUUUGGCCCCAGAGAUUGUGGACAAAAACAGAUUAAUUAGUUCAAAAUCAAUGCUUGUGGCAAAAUUUAGGUUGAACAUAUUUUUUAUAAAGGAGAGUAGCGUUCAUUCAGGCUGUCUAGUAAAUCUGUUAAAAGAAGCAGUUCCUCAGAUAAUGCAAAGGAACAGAUGUAUUGAAGUAGUUUGUAUGAAAGUUUGAGUAUCCACCUAUUUGUCAGCAUUACCUACCAAAUGGAAAAAAAGAUAUAAAUAAUAAAAAAAAAAUAUUUAUCACCUGGGGAGUAAAGAAAAGAACAGUGCCAGAUGGGAACAAUGUCUGUAGAAACAACAGAAGGUUACUGAAUAUUAUUGGUUUCACAAAAUGUGCCAGUUAGUCUUCUGAAAAUGUUCACUUGUGACAAAGGUAAUGUCAACGUGUCUUCUGUCAUAUGUGAUUCACUAUUUAUUUGGGCUUAUUUCAUUGGGGAGUGCAGUUCCAAUUGCCAAGUUGGUAUGAAGGCUUUCUUGUUUUCUAUUUUUUACAAUUAUGUUUCCAGUCUUAACCUGCUAAAUUUUAAGUUUUCAAAGGUGCUCAUUGGUCCAAAAUGAUAAUAACUUUCUAUUAAAUUUAGUGUUGAAGUGUUAUAACCAUGAAAUGGUGUGAAUAUUGAUUUUUGUCCUUUAAGAACCCACAAAAUGAGGUUGUAAAAUGCAAGUGUGUUUGAGACCUGUCUAAUAUCUGACCAUUUUUUGUGCUUGAUUUUGUUUGCCUGUUCUGCAGAUGUAAAAAAACAAACAAAAAAAAAAAAAUCCCCAUGAUCAUGUUUUGUGUUCAUCAACGAAGGUGCUUCUUUUCUUUGUCAACAUACAGCAAGUAAAUGCCUUUUUAUUCUGGUC